UUCUGUUUGUUGUCCUUGCAGGAGUGGUACAGCCCACGCGGAUCGGUCGCUAUGGAGAGCAGCGAGGCAGUCACAGAGAGCAGGACGAGCAGGAGCGAGGAGGACGGACACAGAGUGCCGGAGUGCACACACACACAUAGGCAUCAUGGAGAAACGAUCCCCGCCAGCUAACGGACUGCGACUUUUAACAACUCUGCUCACCUUUUACGGACUUACCUCAGAUGCCAGCGGUAACCAGGUGGUUGUUCCUGAGAAAGUGAACGCCGUGCUGGGGAAGAACAUCACUCUGGGCUGCAGAAUAGAGGUGGGCUCAAACCUCACGCAAAGCUCCUGGGAACGCAGUCUCCCUUCAGGCACCAUUACCUUGGCAGUGUUCAACCCCGAGUUUGGAACCUCCAUCUCUCCAGACUACGCCAAGCGCAUCUCGUUUGUUUCCCCCUCCGUGCGAGAUGCUUCCAUCACGAUCGAAGGAGCAGUCUUAGCAGAUGUCGGGACCUACACCUGCAAAGUGGUUACAUUUCCUCUGGGCAACACACAAGCAUCAACCAAAGUAAAUGUUUUAG